AUGAAUCCAAUCACCAACACGAAAAACCAGAAUCUCAUGAAUAUGCGAGAGCUCAGCCUUGGGUAUACAGGAACCGUGAGCUCUUGGCACCGACAGUACAAGGACUCUGCCUGGAUUUUUAUUGGUGGUCUGAACUUCGAACUGACGGAAGGUGAUAUCAUUUGUGUAUUUUCUCAGUAUGGCGAGGUGGUGAAUAUCAACUUGGUGCGUGAUAAAAAGACCGGUGUGUCCAAGGGUUUCGCCUUUCUGUGUUACGAAGAUCAACGCAGCACUGUUUUGGCAACAGACAACCUCAAUGGAAUCAAACUUGCCGGCCGCAUCAUUCGUGUUGAUCAUGUGGAGAAGUACAAGGUGCCUACAGAUGGAACUGUGGAUGUGGGAACGGGGAAGAAAAAACGGAGAAUUGAAAGCGAAAACGACAAGGAUGCCGUGAGUGCAUUUGUUCGUGAGCAUGGUUGUGGUCCGGAGGUUAUGAAACACCUGAAAAAGCUUGAGGCUGAAGCCCACAAGAGAUCACAUAACGGCUGCCGUGACAAGCGUCAUUCAGACAAUCAUCGAAAUCUCAAUGAUGACAACGGUUCCAGGUAUUCCAGGAACGCACGCAAUCCUAGUCCAUCGCCCACACGAACAUUGGCUUCCUCUGACUCUCAAAGAUACAAAACUGAUGGGUUGAGCAGCUUUUCUCGAACCAAAAAAGAAUCCUCUCUGUCACCCCCACGUAAGCGAAGUUCUUUGUCGCCACCGCGCAAAGAGAGUUCAUCUGUGUCACCCGCACGCAAACGAAACCACUCGCGACCAUCACCAUCGCGUAGGAGAACGCACUGUUCCCCGUCGACUCGCCGAAUAAAACAAGAAUCUCCUGAACCUUAUUACCGAGUCAGGGAAUCGUCCAACAGCCGUGCAACUGAUCUCAGACGUAAUCGCCAACACAACUCCAAGCACUGA